UCUCAAACCACCACUAUGAUCAUCCCAGUGAGAUGUUUUUCAUGCGGAAAAGUCAUCGGGGACAAAUGGAACGCAUAUCUCGAGUUGCUAGCCAAUGAUAUGAGCGAAGGUGACGCUCUCGAUGAGUUGCAGCUGAAGCGAUAUUGCUGUCGGCGAAUGGUGCUUACGCAUGUUGACCUUAUCGAAAAGCUUCUGCAUUAUAAUCCUAUGGAGCGCUCGAAGGACAAGAACUAUUGAGGCCUUCUGUACAGAGUGUAUUAUGCAUGUAUCCACUCUUGUGCUUGACUUUCAUAACUACAUAUGAGUUACGAGUCUGUGUCGUUUAGCAGUAAGAAUAGGUGGAAAACA